CACUCUGUCGCUUGCAUCACGUCUGCAGCUUAUAUAUCUUCAAAUACACCAAGAUGCCACAGCCCAAACCUCCAAGAAAAGCCUGCGACCUUUGCUACCGCAAAAGGAUCAAAUGCGACGCACAGAAACCCCGGUGUUCUCAUUGCGUAAUUUACAACUCGACAUGCACCUUCCAAGUUGUGAGUCGGAAGUCGCGAGCCAAGAAGCAGGAGCCCAGUGAUGGUAUUGAAGCUCUGCAGUCUCGCAUGAAACAGCUAGAGCAGAACCUGAGCCAAGCUCUGGAGAAACUCGACCAGGUGGAGGGGAGUGUGCCGCAGGAAAGAGCAGUCUCAAGCGAAUCGCCCAUCGUCAUGGCCGGUCACUGGGAGCAGACGCAGUUGGGGGAGAUCCCUCCCUUCGUGGACGGCACGCUGGACUUGCCGCCGCUCAAUGAAGCAUUACUGGCUGUAGAGAAAUACCUAGCAACGCUCAAUGUCGUGAUUCCGCUAUUCCACCCCGGCAGACUACUACAGUCGCUUCGAAGCUGGUACACACCUCGGGGUCGAAGAGACUGCUCCACGUGGGCAGCGAUCAACGUGGUUCUCGCGCUCGCGCAUUCUUGUCAAGUUCCCUCCGACCAAGCGACACCCAAGCGAAACGCAGCCUACUAUUUGAAUAGAGCUCAGUCGGUAUUAACCGAGGUGAUUAUGGGCGAUGCGGAAAUCGUCAACGUUCAAACCGUCCUUGGACUGGCCAUGUUGUUCCAGGGAGCUCGCAAUUGGAAGCCCGCGGCGAUGCUUAUUGCCAUCGCUCUUCGUCUUGCUCAUGAGUUGGGACUGCAUGCUCGCACAAGCUCAGAGGGUUUUAGUACCCAAGCUAUUCUUGAGCGAGAUCGUGUUUUCUGGAUCGCGUACAUUCUCGAUCGCGAUAUCAGCUUGCGAACCGGGCAACCGCCCAUCCAGCUGCAGAGCGAUAUCGACAUCGAUUUACCUCCAAUUGAGCCCGCAGAUGGAGCUGGGCUGGUUCUUGCCGUGGACGGGAAUUCGAGCUUCAACUUCUUCCGCGCCCGUGUGCAACUGGCUAUUAUCCAGGGGAGGGCCUACGAAUCCAUGCACUCCGCGCGCGCUCAAGCGUUGAACGUGCACCAGCGAAAUGAGAACCUUGUAGGCCUUCGACAUAAGUUAGACGACUGGGCUUCGCGAAUUCCAUCACGAUUCCGACCGAGCGCUGUACUCCAAAGCUGUAACCCCGAUUUGUUCAGAAGCUUUGGGAUCCUCUACUCUACCCAUCUCGCAUGUCGGGCUCUAAUCUGUCGAGCUCACGCCAUGGAGACUCCGUGGUUGCAGAGCUUACAAGAUUUCGGAGGAAAAUCCCUGCAGCGACGCAUGGUCGAGCCAGUUCUACUGCCGCAAGGAUGGCAGGUGCUCGUCCACGAGUCUCGCGAGUACAUGAGACUAUUCAUGGCUGUAGAGCCGAAGGAUUCAGCAUUUAUCUGGAUGACCGGGUGCACGUAUGUCACCGGGUCCGUAUGUUUAAUUGCCAACAACAUGCUUCAGCCAAACCACGAGGUUUUCGAACAUGACCAGUAUCUGGCAGAACUUUCAUUGCUUCUUUUGGACCAGAUGAUACAACAAGAUCCGUACAAGGGACUGAAAACGAUGCGGAGCGCCUGCAAGGAACUCCUGCAGCUUUCCUAUAAUAUUUCUCUUCAGAAUGAUUUCCUUCAUCCAUGACCGCAAUGCAGAUAUCAGAUAAACAUACCAGUCAUUGCGAGGCGUGUUUUUAAUCUCUUUUGAGGUUUUUCAAUUUUGCGAUGUUGACCUAGGUCUCAAAGCCCUAAGUAAGCGGUUACUACUACCAUCGUUCACGAUCAGUGAGCACCUAGGAUCUCAGAGAAAUAAAAAUGAAAUGCGUCCUGAAGAAGGUACUAGAUUUAUAGUAAAAUAAUAAUAAUAAUAAUAAACCAG